UUCUAUAAAUAAUGAUAUAAAGCACAGUCCCGUCGAUGCCAUGGAAUUGGGCCCUGGCGAUAACAUGAUUUUUCCUUUUAUUAUGCUUUUACUGUAGCCAUGGUAAUAUGAAUAAGAAAAAGGACAAGUCGGGAAAAUUUUCCUUCAGGAAAAGCAAAAAGAAUAAAAACAAGGACAUAGAAGCCCCAGAAGAAACAAAACAGCUCACAGAACACAAGACAAAUAAUGAAGAAAACAACGUCAUUACACAGGUACAAAAUAAAGCAGUGAAUGUGAAAAAUGAAAGAUCAGCAGAGAUUCAGGAGCGGAUCAACGAGAGGCCGGUGGAUGUCGGUCCAGUUCUGAGGAGUGUGGUACAAAAUGCACCAAGUCAGAAUGGAGAUUCCCCGAAAACAUUGGAAAGUGUAGACCCAAAAGGACCGAAGAGGGUACAUAGUUAUUCCAGGGAGUCGCCUGAACAAAGCACAUCCCAAAUGUUGCCUAUGGAGGAAAGAAGGAAAUUAAAACAGUUUGCCUCAUUUCGAAGUCCUAGCUCAAAUAAAGAUACUUUGUCUUAUGAAAAUGAAGAAACGACUUCAUCAGAG